AUCCUAUUUGUUUUGGAAUAAAUUGCAGUAAAAGGCCAAAUUGAAGCUCAAGUUUGAAAAGAGAAGAUUGAGUUUGGACCGGAGCCAAACCCAUCAUCAACAACUCAAUUAAACAAAGAUAAGCCCAAGUCUCCUUCCCUCAAUUCAAACUCACGCAAGAAGAAAAAAUGCUUCGUGCGAUUGAAGCUAGCGCAAGACCAGGAGAGGAGCAGCGACCUAUUCAAAUCGGCAGUAACGCCUCUCCUUCAACGUUCGGCCAUGAAUUGCUCUCGAAAUCAAGUCAACAACGGCUCCUUGUUCUCUCUCUUCACUCAAAACGCUCCAACGGAAAAAAAUUCCUCCCGUCUAUAAAUUGGACAAGGAAUAGCAGCAGAGGCGGAGGGGGAUGCUUGGUCUCUCGAGGUAAGAAGUUAAAGAAGUAGAAGAAGAAGAUAUCCAUGGGUUUAUUUAACCGAAGGCCUGAAUUAGGCCUUCAGUUGGGAAAUUUAAAAGUUAAGAAAACAACAAAGAUACAAGUUCACAACAAAAAAAAGGUUAAAUAGUGAAAAAAAACAAUGAACAAGUACGUUAUCU